AUUUAUAAAUAAUCUCCCAUGCACCCUUUAAAAUUAUGGACAGUCCCAAGGCAUCCUUUAAAAUUAUGGAGUCCCGAGGCAGCCUUUAAAAUUAUGGAGUCCCGAGGCACCCUUUAAAAUUAUGGACAGUGCCGAGGCACCCUUUAAAAUUAUGGACAGUUCCGAGGCAUCCUUUAAAAUUAUGGACAGUCCCGAGGCAUCCUUUAAAAUUAUGGACAGUCCCGAGGCAUCCUUUAAAAUGAUGGAGUCCCGAGGCACCCUUUAAAAU